CACACAUGUUAGCAUGGAGAGUCAGAUCUUAUACUCUAUCAUCUUCACUUUCUUCUGCUUCUUCCUUGUGAUCUUCAAGCUAUCUUCCUCCAAGAAACCCGGCAAAAACCCACUUCCAGGGCCAUGGAAAUUACCUCUCAUCGGAAACCUCCACCAACUUGCCGGCCCACUACCUCAUCGUACUCUCACAGAUCUUGCAAACAAGUAUGGACCCUUCAUCCAUCUUCAACUUGGACAGCUUUCUCAUAUCAUAGUGUCUUCACCUGAAUAUGCCAAAGAAAUAAUGAAGACCCAUGAUCAGAUCUUCGCAAACAGACCCAGAAUUCUUGCUUCUGAUAUCCUUGCUUACAACAGCACAAACAUCUUCUUUUCCCCAUAUGGAAACUAUUGGAGACAACUUCGAAAGAUUUGUAUGUUGGAGCUUUUCUCAUCAAAGAGGGUUCAAUCAUUCAGAAGGAUAAGGGAAGAGGAGAUCUCAGCACUUGUGAGGAACAUCUCUGAGCAUGAAGGUUCUGUCAUGAGCCUUAGUCGAAGAAUCUUUGCAGUUGCAAAUUCCGUAGUUGCAAGAGCCGCGUUUGGGAAGAAGACGAAGAAUGUGGAACAUAUCUUGGAAAUUAUGGAGCAAGCGAUAAAGAUAAGCUCUGGGUUAUCGAUUUCUGAUUUCUAUCCUUCGUUGAAAUUUCUUAGUGUCGUCACUGGAAUGAGAGCCCGAAUCAUGAAGUUACACAAAGAUGGAGAUAGAGUGUUCGAUGACAUCAUUAGAGACCACGAAGAAAAGAAAAGAAAUAAUGUUGGAGAGGCCGAGGAGGAUCUUGUUGAUGUUCUUCUUAGGAUUCAAAAGAAGAAUGACUUUGAGAUCCCCUUAUCUCUUGACAACAUUAAAGCUGUUCUUCAAGAUGUUUUCUUUGCUGGAACUGACACAACAGCAACCACAACGGAGUGGGCAAUGUCAGAAUUGCUCAAAAACCAAGAGGCUAUGAAAGAGGCACAAGCAGAGGUAAGAAGAGUCUAUGGAAGCAAAGGGUAUGUAGAUGAAUCAGAACUUCAUCAGUUAAAAUAUUUAGGUGCUGUUAUUAAAGAAACUCUAAGGCUACAUCCACCUGUGCCAUUGUUAGUUCCAAGAGAGAACAGUGAAAACUGUGUUAUCAAUGGAUAUCAAAUACCCUCCAAGACAAAGAUUAUUAUUAAUGCAUGGGCUAUUGGAAGAGACCCGAAGAAUUGGAAUGAACCAGAGAGAUUUGAGCCAAAGAGAUUUCUUAGCACAUCGACUGAUUACAACUUCAAAGGUUUAAACUUCGACUAUAUCCCAUUUGGUGCUGGAAGAAGAAUUUGUCCUGGAAUCACAUUUGCAACACCUGUUUUAGAACUGUUACUUUCCAAUUUACUCUACCACUUUGAUUGGAAGCUUCCAGAAGGGACGAAGCUUGACAUGGAUGAGUCUUUUGGUGUCACAGUGAAAAGGAAAAAUGACCUCAAUAUAGUUCCUAUCCGCUAUUGUCCCUAGGGUUAUAUAUAUUUUACUCUGUUAGAUAUGCUUGGAUCUAUAUUGUGGAUGCCCGAGCAGGAAAUAAAAAAUGAAGUUCUAUUUU